UAUAUAUGUUAAACAUUUAGCUUCCACAUAAUAUAUAUAGUUUGAAAAGAAAGUGAGAAGUUAUGGAUGGAAUUGGUAGAAUGAAAUUUGUGUGGAUGAUGAUGGGAAUAUUGAGUACAGUAGUGCAAGCUGCCCAUAACCCUCCUGCUGUGUCUCCAACUUCCAGUCUGCCUUUUUCACAGCUUCCCGAUCAUCCUCCCCAACUACAAUCCGAUUUUAAACUCCCAAAAUUCCUAAAAUUCCCUCAUAUUCCACUUCCACCAAAAGUGCUAAUUACAGGGCUGUGUAUUUAUGAGUGCCAUGGAGUAUGCGAGGAAGCACCACCGCCUAGUAUUACAUACAGGGCUUGCAUGGUAACAUGUUUGUCAAUAAAAUGUCGUCCCUCUCGUUUAGACGUCGUUGAUGAUUGUGCUCUUGCUUGUAUGGCCGCCGCAACCACCGCCGCCUCUGGAGAUCAUAAAGUAGAUGGCUAUAUUGAAAGCUGCUACAAAAAUUGCGGCAAGAAUUACUAGUUUAAUUUGUUCUCUAUCGAUCGAUUCUACCUAUUGAAAAGAAAUAAACGAAAUGGUGUAUAUGUGCCAAGUAUAUAUAUAGAAGAAAUCAAGUGAGAUAUUAUUGGCCAUGGUUAUUUCGGCCACUAUAUAUUCUACUUAAUGAAAAAAUAAAAUAAAAUUAUGCAUAUGUUCUAAUUUUAA